AUGAAUACCUCAGCGACAUCAACCUUCCUUCCAACUGCCACCAGCCAGGCUCACGGGACUAAUCACAGUGGGGACAUGGGAAAGACGGAGCCAUCCUACGCUGUCCUCAAGUUCAUGGAGAGCUUCUGCCUCAUCAGCUCUGCCUGCGGGAUGGUGGGGAACGGCAUUGUCCUGUGGUACCUGGGCUUCCGCAUCCGGAGAAACCACUUCACCGUCUACAUCCUGAACCUGGCCGCUGCCGACUUCGGGUACCUCCUCUGCAUCGCCAUCGAGACGGUUCAGUACCUGAUGCAGUUCAACGUGGGGGUGCAGUUUGGGUUAUUCCUCUUCCUGGAUCUCUUCAUGUACGGCACCGGCUUGUACCUCCUGACCGCCAUCAGCAUCGAGAGGUGCCUCUCUGUCCUUUGUCCAAUCUGGUGCCGAAGCCACCGCCCAAAAUGCUUGUCCGCCGUCAUCUCCGGCCUGCUCUGGAGCCUCUCCCUGCUGCUGAACACGCUUGGCUAUGUUUUGUGUGCCAUUGACCACUCUUCCAGGAGCUGCCGGCUCGUGCUCAUCACC